AUGGAAGCUUUUGUUGAUCAUACCCAUUAUGUCACCACCUUUCCAUUUUCUUAUCCUUUCGCCACCACAACCACUAAUCCUCCGUGGAUGGACUGCAGGAUAUGGAGCAGACUCCCACAAAGGCUUAUUGAUCGAGUUAUUGCCUUCUUACCACCUCCUGCCUUCUUCAGAGCUCGAUCUGUAUGCAAGCGAUGGUACUCCCUCUUAUUCUCUCAUAGCUUCCUGCAAAUGUAUCUCCAGAUCAACCCGAAACCCUACUUUUUCAUCUUCUUCAAGCAAAAAACCACUCAUCCUAAAACAACCACCACUACCACCACCACCACCACCACUAUCUUUAAGCCAACUAUCACCACUGCUGCUGCUGAUGACGUUGUCCCCAAGGAAGGUUAUGUCUUUGAUCCCGAAACUCUCUCAUGGCACCGUCUCGUCUUUCCAUUAAUCCCACCAGGGUUUUCUCCCACUUGUUCCUCCGGUGGACUCAUCUGUUGGGGAUCUGAUGAAGCGGGUUCCAAGGGUCUGAUACUCUCAAACCCUCUCUUCGCAUCUCAGGUAACUCCACUUCCGUCCACCCUGAGACCGAGGCUGUUUCCUUCUGUAGGGUUAGCCAUCACAAACUCUUCCAUAGAUGUUAUGGUAGCUGGGGACGACUUGAUAUCUCCUUACGCCGUAAAGAACUUGACUACUGAAAGCUUUCAUAUAGACGUGGGUGGGUUUUAUUCCAUUUGGGGCACCACUUCUUCUCUCCCAAGGCUUUGUAGCCUGGAAUCUGGCAGGAUGGUGUACGUGCAGCAACAAGGAGGUUCAACAAGUAAAUUCUACUGCAUGAAUUAUAGUCCUUUCAGUGUGUUGGGAUAUGAUAUGGCAAGAAACGAGUGGUGCAAGAUCCAGGCGCCGAUGAGGAGGUUUUUGAGGUCUCCGAGUCUGGUGGAGAGCAGAGGGAAGCUGGUGCUGAUAGCAGCUGUGGAGAAAAGCAAGCUGAAUGUGCCGAGGAGUCUGAGGAUGUGGCGAUUGCAAAGCUGCGGGACUACAUGGGUCGAGAUAGAGAGGAUGCCACAACAGCUGUAUGCACAGUUUUCGGAGGUGGAAGGAGGGAGAGGGUUCACAUGUGUUGGAAAUGGGGAGUUUGUGGCGGUGAUGAUUAUGGGGACGGCAGCCGAGAAGGCGUUGCUGUUCGAUUUUGGGAGGAAGAGGUGGGUUUGGAUUCCUCCAUGUCCUUAUGUCCCCGGUCAUGGUUGCCGUGGUGGUGGCGGUGACGGUGACGGUGGCGGUGACGGUGGCGGUGACGGUGGCGGUGACGGUGGCGCAGUUGAAUUGAAUGGUUUUGCGUACGAGCCUAGACUUGCUACACCGGUGACUGGACUUCUUGAUCAGCUGACUAGCCUUAAUCCCUUUUAG